AUUUAGGAAUUGUCCUUGGCAACUGAGUUUGAAAGGCCCUUUGUUUGGCCGCAUGUGAGUAAUCCAGGCGUUCCUCCCCUCACAGCCCUCAGAUGACAUUACGAAAGUGAAAGUUCCUGGAAUAAAUGCUAUUUCCCAAGAACAGAGAUUUCUCAGACGCUGGUUUUAUAGCCCGAACCUGCUGCACAGAAGUGCAGAGCGCGUGUCUGAUUCCUGCCAUGCAGAAGUGUGUGGUGUUGUGUUUUCUCGUGUGUAUCGUCUGUCUCGUGGUUCUUCUCCACCUGUACUGGACCCACAGCUGGAUCCUGAUGGAGCUGGACAGAGUCAGACAGGAGCGCAGUAACUACCACUGCUCCUGCUCAGGGGUGCAGAUGACUCUGGCCUGUGGAAAAAACAGAGGAAAAAGGGACGUGAAUUCACAGAAGAUACCCAGACAGAGGAGACAAACAGAGCAGCGCACCUUCCUGCAGCUGGUUCCUUCCUCCACUCAGUCUUAUGAUGAGCAGGAUAUGACUGUGCUUAUCUGGGCCGUCGGGCGAAGCCAGGGCGCCGGGCUGAAGGUCUCGGGGGAUUCCAUCACUGUAGUGACUGAGGGCCCAUACUUCAUUUACAGCCAGGUCCUCUAUAAGGACCCCACCUGGCUGAUGGGUCACGUGAUCACCAAGCGUCUGAGAAGCGCCGAGACGAAGCUGAUGAAGUGCCUGAAGAGCAUGCCCAGUAACGUCAGCGAACCUUACAACACGUGCUACACUGCAGGCGUUCACUUCCUGGAGUCGGGCUCCGUUUUGGAACUUUCCGUCCCCCGCAGAUCUGCUGACCUGGUCCUGUCGGCUCAGGCCACCUUCAUGGGCAUCUUCAGUAUCUGAGCUUCAGACCUCACACGCUUCACUAGCGAGCUCUCGCUUGCAUGGCUACAACACAUGAAUUGAAAAAUUAGAAGGGGCGUCCCAAUACUUUUGUCCUUAUAAAAUUGCCCUAAGUGUGAGUAAGUGGAUUGGCAGAUGGUCUAGGGAGUCAGUUCACCCUGCUUCUGUGUUCUGCCGGCUACACCGCGACCCUGAUCAGGAGAAAGCAGUUACUGAACAUGGAUGAAUGAAUGGAUGUUAAGGCGCGGUGUGUCCAGCAGGUGGCAGCAUUGUUCAUCAUUCCGUGUGUUGGAUUUAUUGUAUUUGUUUACAUGUUGCUGGAUGUUUGAUGUGGGUAGACAUUUGGGAUGAUUUUAAGGUUCUUGAGUAGAUAAAAGCCUUAAAAUUAUUAAUAAAGAUAAAUAAAUGAAUGACCUUAAAAA